GGCGAUUUGGGCGCGACAUUAGAGGCUUCCCUAUCUUAGUUCUCUUACAGACUCUCCUCCCUGUUCUUCCGUUGUCGCUCUCCGCUUCUUUAUUUUAAAUGGCGGUUGCACCCUAUACAGCUGCUUCCGCGCAACCGAUUUCUGCUCCUCCGAGCAGCUGCAGCACAAAACUCUAUUCGGGAUUGAAACUUCAAUCCGCAGGUCCUUUUGGAGCGGGGAAACCUAACUUGACCGCUGAGUUUUAUGGAAAAGUUCACAAGAGUCUCCAGUGGCGGUCUGAAAACCACAGAGCAACAAGGGCGCGAAUUCAGAUGAUGCCCAUAGGGACCCCUAGAGUGCCCUACAGAACGCCUGGUGAGGGAACCUGGCAGUGGGUUGAUCUGUGGAAUGCCCUUUAUCGUGAACGUGUUAUCUUCAUUGGAGAAGAAAUAGAUGAAGAAUUCAGCAACCAGAUACUGGCAACUAUGCUAUAUCUUGAUAGUGUAGAUAAUUCCAAGAAGCUUUAUAUGUACAUUAAUGGUCCUGGUGGAGAUCUUACGCCAAGCAUGGCUAUAUAUGACACCAUGCAGAGCUUGCAAAGUCCUGUUGCCACCCAUUGUGUUGGUUAUGCCUAUAAUCUGGCAGCAUUUCUUCUUGCCGCUGGGGAAAAGGGCAACCGCUUUGCAAUGCCUCUUUCAAGAAUUGCUCUCCAGUCUCCAGCAGGAUCUGCCCGGGGUCAGGCUGAUGACAUCCGUAAUGAAGCAAAUGAGCUUCUUAGAAUCAGAGAUUACCUAUUCAAUGAGUUGGCCAGUAAAACAGGUCAGCCUGUUGAGAAGAUAACCAAAGACCUGAGCAGGAUGAAACGCUUCAAUGCACAGGAGGCUCUUGAAUAUGGGCUUAUUGAUCGGAUUGUCAGGCCGCCCCGCAUCAAGGCUGAUGCGCCCCGCAAGGAUGCCGGAGCUGGCCUUGGAUAGGAAUUUGCGGCUUUCGUCAUAGAUUACUGAGAAUAUUGCUGAAUCACAAUUUCUCUAAGUUUUUUUUUUCCUUUCAUCAUUUCUGGAAUGUGUAUAAUCUCUUAUCAGUUACAGUUAGAACUUGCGGCCAGGAGAAACUAGGGGAUUCUUAAUCAAUUGCGUGUUUUUAACUUUUUACGUUAUUUUAUUUCGGCCAAACAGUAACGUGCGAACAGUGAUAUGAUGUUGUGAUAAAUAAAAUGUUAGUUAUGGGGUUUAGUCGGGGUAA